CCUCGACUGGGCCCGCUCGAGCGCUUCACCAUUCGGCGGAGACGCCGUGCAGUGAGCGCGUCUCGCACGCAGCUGCGAUGGGCGUUCACUCCGACGACAACGCUGCCGCCGCGUCGCCGCAGCGGUCCUUGGACGUCGUCGUUGCCGUGGUGUUUGCCGGUACCGAGCAGGAGCGCCGAUCCGCCGGCUGUCGGCGAUGAGGCAGCCGCGUGCUCGGUCCAAGUCCGGAGGAAGCCGAGAUCUCGUCGGCAGGUCGUACGCUCCGCUGUCGUCGUUCUCGUCGCCCGGCGCGCUGCUUCUGCGCCCGCGACGCUAGCGGCGAGACCGUGAGCAGGUCGGGCGGCACCGUUUCGGAGUGAUCGCGCGUUAGGCGUGCCCAGCAAGAGAGAGCCGCGCGAGAGGAGACAGCUGCGCACUCUGAGCCGUUGCUGUCACGGGAAGAGCUCUGGUGCAGGGACUGCGCUGGACGCCCGGUAAAGUGACUUCUAGCGGCGAGGUCGCGGAGGCGGUGUUCCCGUGCGGCGGCGGUGGAGGCUUGCGUCCACAUCCCGAGAUCCCCACGAUAUCGGCCGCCGUCAGGAGCGCCUGCUCGCCCAUGGAGAAGGAAGCCGGGUCAGCCCCGGCAACUGCCUACCGCACCGGAUACAAUGUUAUGAGCUCCCGGUCAUCGGACGGGACCAACGUGUGCUCGAUCAUCUUGACCUUCAUCUCACUGCUGGUCAUAUCUGUUACGUUCCCCUUCUCACUCUUCUUCUGCAUCAAGAUUGUGCAGGAGUACGAGAGGGCGGUCAUCUUCAGAUUAGGUCGUCUCGUCCAAGGGGGCGCCAAAGGCCCAGGUCUCUUCUUCAUCAUACCGUGCAUAGAUACCUACUGUAAGGUGGAUCUACGUACAGUAUCCUUCGAUGUUCCCCCGCAAGAGAUCCUGUCCAAGGACUCAGUGACAGUGGCCGUGGACGCGGUGGUCUACUACCGCAUAAGUAACGCGACCAUCGCCAUCACCAACGUGGAGGACUACGGCCACUCCACCAGGCUGUUGGCCGCCACCACGCUCCGUAACGUGCUCGGCACCAAGAACCUGUCGGAGAUUCUGUCAGAGCGGGAGUCCAUCUCGCACGUCAUGCAGGCGAGCCUGGACGAAGCCACCGACUCGUGGGGCGUAAAAGUCGAACGAGUCGAAAUCAAGGACGUCCGGCUCCCUGUACAGUUGCAGAGAGCCAUGGCUGCCGAAGCUGAAGCCGCCCGUGAAGCCCGGGCGAAGGUGAUCCCCGCCGAAUGUGAGCAGCGGGCGUCGCGCUCCCUCAAGGAAGCCGCUGAGGUGAUCGCCGAGUCACCUUCGGCACUGCAGCUCCGCUAUCUGCAGACGCUUACCUCCAUUGCGGCGGAAAAGAACUCCACCAUUGUUUUCCCGCUGCCGCUGGAACUUAUGCGCGGUCUCCUCGCCAGAGGCCACGACGACGACUGCGGCUGCACUUCGCGACAUCAGAAGUGAUGUGGCCUCCGAUGUCCGCGCAACAUUUUGCCUGUUGCUGCUCCUCCCUGCACGCUAGAAGGAGGGGUCGCGUGUCUUUCGCUCUCUCUCACUCUUCGUCUAUCUGUACACUCUUACGUUUCCACAAACAAGUACGACCAUCAACAAUCUUGCGGCUCGUAGCCCCAAACUACGAGUUUCACCAUGUGCAGACCGUUCAGACAUGCUGCGUUAAUGCGCGAUUUCGUUCUCGAGAUAGGCGCGCAGUAGCAUCUGUCCGAAGAGGUUUUGCCCACGAACUUGGUGAAGCACUGCGUGCUGCUGUUAGCUACAUGUGUGGCCCUGUGUGUGAGCCAUGAAGUGGGCACCUCUUCUCCGACGUCUCUUUUCGCAAACCCCCACAGAUGUGGCUCGUUAACACAGGUCUGCGUUGUUUCUCUAACGUGCGUGCGUAGGGGAUGCACAACGCUUCGAUGGCAGCUCGUGGUGCUAUGUGGUACUUGUUCAUAGGCAACUGGUUACGAGUGUGAGCUGCUGGCCUUGUUUGUUUCUGAGGGGCACGUAGCAACAGGUCACGAACACUACAGCCACACGAUGCACGAGCGAAAGCGCCUUGCGCUCCGCUUGAAAUGUUAACAACGCGAUAGACUGCCUGAGUGGUGCGAACGAUUCAGCCUGCCUCGUAACGUUACCAGAAUCCCUCCUUCUCUGUGUAUGGAUAGCGAUUUCACUGGGCAAGAGGGAAGUAAAAAAAAAAAUUGGGAGUCCGUCCAUCGUCCACGAUAACUUGAAAGCGGGCGCUGCGUUUUUUUUUUUCUUUUUUUUCUUCUGUCUUUUCUUUCCGGAGCGGCUUGCACAUCCACACCUCGACAGAACGUAAAAAUCUACUGCUGAACAAAAAAAAAAAACUUCUUCUUGGGCAAAUUGGUGCUUAGAUUUCCUAGGUAGACUGUGGCACGAAAUGUAUUUCGCGCCACAGUCAAGCACACCUAGGAAAUCUACUGCUGUAGUCAACGGACUCAUGCCAUCACAGUGUUUCGGACUCGUUAUAAACCCAUGGAUGUUGCGCGGCAAAAGUAUACCUUGCGGUUUUAUAUUUGGCAUCGCGCUUCGUAAAGCCCGAAUGACAAGCAUUGGACUCGGUCCUACGUGCCGCUGCUCCCGUGCGUGGAUUUCGAUUCGCUGCCUUCGCUGCUUAAGACAUUCGAAAAAUGUCGACUAACAAAUGCUUUUAUUGGCCUCCAACUUUGCGGCUGCAAAAGUGCUGUCAGCGUUAUUGCAGGUGCCAUACCGAUUAGAAUGCCUCAGGAAACUCAGGGCCUUGACAGGCACUAAGUUUCGUCCUAUUAGCUCUUCUCGCGCGGGGGUCAUUCUCGUCAGUGGUAGUUGUGACGGCAUUCCUUUCAAGGGCUAAACGCUCACAUCUGGAUGCUCGAAAUAGUUUACGUAGAUGGUUAGUGCUUUUCACCAAGCUGUCGUGGUCAGCUAUCGUGGUUCUGUGAAUGUUUGUGAACGCCGUGAUAUUGACCAUUGCCUUAAUAAAGGUAGCAGCGUUUAAAUCCACGGCAGUUGCUCACCUUAAACAACAGAGCUAAAAGAAGUAGGCGCAAAAGAUUCCAGCCAACACUAGACUGAAAAAUUCCACGGUGGAUUGGUUGUUCGUACGUUGCAUUGGUUCCAAAAGACGGAAGAUGGGCACAUUUCACUAAAGCUAAUGUCCAGCUGCGCUAUACGGAAUGAAUCCCAAUUAAUUAGGUUAAGCGAAAGCAACGUAUUUUCUUACAUUACUGCAUGGUUGAGCGCUUUACAAAUCCCACCUUAUUUCUGCGAGAAAUUUAAAAAUUUGCCGACUCUAGGCUCAGGAAACGAAAUUGCAGUUGUAAGGCAUCGUAUGUGUACUAAGGUCGCUUAUUUAACUUGUUUAAAGAAAAGCACUGACGCGUGGAUUAAAAAGUAUAUAUGUAUAUUCUGCGGUUUUACGUGUCAAACCACGAUCUGAUUAUGAGGCACGGCGAAGUGGAUGAUUCCGGAAUAAUUUUGACCAGCUUGGGUCGAAUUAUUCCUAAAUCUAAGUACACGAGCAUUUUUGCAUUUCGCCCCCAUCUACACGCGGCCGCCGCGGCCGGAAUUGAACCCGCGACCUCGAGCUCAACAGCAGAACGCCAUAGCCACUGGGCUACCAUGCACGUCUGGUUACACUCGUAUCCCGGAGUAAGUGCGUCCAAAGGGGAAUUCAUACCGCCGCUGUCGCGGAUAACAAACGGGCAGACCGCGCGCCCAGGAAGCCAAAGUUUUCUAGUACAGUUCGCAAGUAUUUAGUGGCUUUUAAGUGAUGGCUGUUUUAUUCAUUUCUACAGAUGUCUGGCCCUUAAAAUGUAUUAAAGAGAAGUCACCGAACAAAAACGUUGAACAGAACAGCGGCCUUUCGAGCGCCGGCCUUCGAAAAGCUCGAAUAUCAGGAAGAGAGUUGUCAAGCGAACAAGCGCAGCAUACUCCUUCACCCAAAGAGCCAAAACGUAAAAAUGUGAAUAGCAGAAAAACUAGAAGCCUUCGGCAAUGACAGUUUCCCGGUAGUUCGCAAGCCUCGGUAAUGAGUUGAGUACCGGGGAACAGAAAAUUAAAGAAACGGGACAAAAAAAAAAUCUUGCUGUAAAGUAAGCUUGCCUUUCUUUCACUUUUGUUUUCUUUUUUCCUUUCUGCAUCCACAGAGGUAUGCAGGGUAAAUGGCGGCCUUCACUUCAAACGUGCUUCCCCCGAAAUGCCCGGGAAGAAACAGAUUGAAGCUGACGAACAAGGGGCGAGUAUUAAAAGACGCACCUGCCUCAUGCCCGAUGUCUUCUCGUCAAUGCGAAGCUGUAGACGCAACUAGAACAAGCGUCUGGGUGAGAUCCGCUGGGCCGCUCGUGAUAAAGAGCCGCCGGUCGCUAUAAAUUAGAUUAGUGGCGGACCCACGCCGUCGGCGAGAGGACGUGGGGGAAAGCGGCGUUGCUCGGUAAACACUUCGCGGACGCCCUUCUUUGCUUGGUUGGGCCGCGUGAUCUUCCGUCUUCACCCUGCUAUAGCUCACCCCGAUCCUUGUACUGCUUCUUUCUUCUUUUUUAUCCCUGUUACCAUUCAAGUGAUUCGUCUUUCAGCUGGCGUUCUGAGUUUUCGCUUCCAGUACAAUGUGCACACACACAGACACUGGGUAUGCAGAAAUUGAAAGGGAAUGAUGUGUUGAUUUCCUGCUUAGACACUUGUUCCCUUCCUGCUCGCCUUAUUUGAUUAACUGUGUGCUUAUGCGAAUUUGUUUAACAGCUGUGGACCUUUGUUUCUUUCUUUCUUCUUACACGUGCAGAGUAGCGCGUCAGGUUAGUUCACGUUAAGGUUCCAUAUUUGCAGGAUACUAUCGGAUGAAAGCAGCUACUGCCGUAGAGGCGCAGAGCUACCUUGAAAUUGUGUUCCGUGUGAAGAGAAAAUUAGGCCAAAGAACGCUCGUUCGAGCUUGCAUAAGACAAUGAGAAAGCUAUAGAUAUUGAUAGGAAGUCGGCUACUGAUGCAGCUAAUUAGAAACCCGGUUGCGCACGGACAUUUAGCCGAACGAUUCAUUCGCCCUACUGUAGUUAAUUCAAUGAUCCAUUUGUUGAUUUGUUUCUUUUUUCUUUUUUGCUUGCGCACUCAUGAGGCCAAGUCACGAAGGCUUAUACGUUUUCCCCUUUGGUGCAUGUAUCGCGCUCGGUUUCUGAAUAGAAGAGGGCGCCUUCGAGAAGCGCGUGGUUGCCGCGCAGACUUUGCUGGCACGCGAGCGAAUUAAGACGUAGAUAUAAUUACAGUAGAACUACAGUAGAUAUAAAGCGCACAAAUUUAGACUGUGACUGCGAUGGGAACUUUCGAAAAUGCGAGGCGGACGUCGCCCCUAGCUGUCCGAUUUGAUAGCUUUUAAAGUUCAAAGUCGCUCUUUGACUCCUUUCCACCCUGGGAACAUCACUUAAUUUCUCUAGAGGCGAUGCGAGGUCAGUGAAUAUGUCUCUCCUGCUUGUUUUGUUUUAGUUCUUUCUUUACUUCAUAUAGACAAAUGUGAUACGCGCGUGGACAGCUUAGUAUGCAAAAGCCGUGCGUCCAAUAUUACAAAUAUUAUGACUGGCUAACCUUUUUAUGUCGUUUUGAGGUUUGACGCGUUCUCUCCCGGUUUUUCUUUUUGUAUUUCUUUUUCCCCCGCAAGUGUAUUCUCACCACAUUCAUAUAUUUUCCUAGCGCGUGACAAAAUUUUCCGCGUGAAAUACGUUUGGCACACGAGCCAAGGCUACGGGAAAUUGAGUUACGCGUAGACAAUUUUGGGGGUAUGGCGCUGUUUUAUAUCAGGCUCUAGGCGGGGGAUCCUUCUUCUCAGGUCAUCAAAGCCGGGUCCUCAAAAAAAAAAGGGGGACAGAAUUGACGAAAUAUGACCGCUAUGCUUUUCUUAACGAAACAGAAGAAGCGUUACCGAGUUAGAAUACCAAAUUCUUUGUCGAGCAUUAUGCUUAUUUUCCCCCCAAACUACACGAUCCGGCUCUCCAAACUUAAUAUUAUGCAAAAUAGCUGGUUUUCGAAAUUGACGCAUAACGCAUCUUUUCAUUUUUCCCCUUUUUUUUCGUUGUUUCGAUUUUUCUUUAUUGAUAUAGUGCUUCACUGGUGCUCAGCGCGACUUCAUUGACGUAGGAAGGCUAACGCAGCAAGAACUAGCUAAAAAAUCGUUCUUGGCUGCGAAUGCUUCUGGAGGGGAGACAAUUCACUUUCCGAAACAUAGUCACAUAGGGACAUUGUUGUGUAGAACUUUUCUUUAAUCGAAAUUAAAAUAAAAGAAAGAUUUAGUCAGCAAUAAUGGCGACGACUACUCUUUUUUAUUGAAUAGUAAUAUACUAAGAAAUAUUGUAAAAUAAGAGGUAACGACACGGGUUCGGAGAAUCUACAGCUGUCCUAGAUGAGAGAAUAAAUUAAGUCCACAUAUAGUCCUAGACAAAAUGGGACAUACGGAGACAAAAGGCGUGGACAAAUUCCACUACACACUAUUGGUAUAAUGUUCCAUGCAUAACAACAUGAGACGUGCUCGGCGGGAGGCGUCACCCCUCUCCCAAUUGAAAAAAAAAUCUGUUUGACACUUUUAUUCUGCACAGUGUAAUCGCCCAAGUUGCCUGCAAGGCUCGAGGUUCACGUACACAGAGUGAUAUACGGGUAUGACCUGCGCAGAAAUAAAAGAAUAAACGUCCUUACUUUGGCUCGAUAGCCUGCUUCAACAAUAUAAUUCCAUGCGUGUUACUUGCAUGUAUAGGCCGUUAUUUGAUACCGUAAUGUUACGCCCAUUUGACCUCUUGGUGAAAAGAUGAAUAGCUCGCGACUUUGGUCAUGGUAGACUGACGGCUGGAGCGAUUCGCUGUUACUGUUUUUUCAUUUCAUAUGCGACUUCUGCUUCGUGAUCGUUCAUAACCCUCCACGUAUAAGCCGAGAUGGACUAUUCAGCUUUUUCAAUAGCUACUUUCCGGGUUAUGAAAGCAAGGUUUUGGUUUUAACGCAUUUUUAUAACGACAUAAUUUAGACGUGAAGGAGUCAUCAGAUGGUUACUGUACUGACCCUUUCAGCGGGCCAACACAGCCGCCACCUAAAUUACUUAAAAUUUCCGCAGAGGUUAUCUUGGAGACUACUUUAGAAUGUGCGCCGAUUUUGUGCGACUGAAAUGCGGCGCAAAGAUUUUCGGCUACGAUCAGAGGCGUUGUAAGUCAUUCAUACAUUGAAGCGCUGCGGAGCUGCCGGUCAUUUGCCCGCCUGUCGGCAGUAUAGCCGGAGUGUCUAUGAGGCAAUUAUUCUGCAGAUUAAAGUAGCGAUCGCCCCCGCCCCACUUACGAUCCCGCUUCCUGUAAGACUGUCUCAUUGUGUCAACCACGCUCUUUCGUAGCCUUUAUAAAAACGAGUGUUAAGCAAAAUUAUUUCAGUUUCACUAGCUGCCUGAAGUUUUCUUUGUUGACGAUUUAACUCAGAGGGCGCUCCGCUUGGUUGACUUCGCUAUGUACCGCCAACUUCAGCUGAACACAGAACAAAUACGCUGUGCAUCGGUGAUGACAUCAGCUAGCGCUGCUCACGUCGCACACUAUUGCAUGAUCCGAACUUCAUAACCAGGUCGGAAGCGGGGCUGUGGGCGCAGGAAUAAUAGCUUUCUGUUUUAUUUUAUUUUUGCGUACAUGUGUUUGUGUGUGUGUGUGUGCACCAAAAUCGUGGUCCCCUUUAUUACACUGUUUCGCAUUAAAAGCUAUCGGUUAUUUCAGAGGCAACGCAUCCAGCCUAAGCAGGAAAAAAAAGAAUGAGCGUUAUGCAGCGUUUAAAAAGAGAUCGCGCUGUCCACUGCAACCGUCAGUGGCCCACGACUUGCACCAGUGACCUCGAAGUGUAGUGUUGCAGCUUUUCGAAGGUUUUACUGUCCUGAAAGCUUCUGCAAGGAUGUCAACUUUUCGAACUCUAGGGGGGCAUCGUGUGGGAGCAUGUCGUUACCGAGUUUACAUUUACUGGCCGUCUGGAAGGCAACGUGUAGGCGUUAGUUGACCAGAGUUGUGUUGCCAAACGCAUGCGUUCUUUCUGCUUUGUUACCCGCCGCGAUAGCCCAGUGGUUGUGGGGUUGCGCUGCUGGAGCCUCGAUCGCGGUCACUUGUUCGAUUGCGAUGGGGGUGAAGCGUAAUAACGGUCGUGUACUUAUAUUUAGCUGCACGCUGAAGAACCCCCUGCAGGGGGUCCAAAUUAUUCCGAAGUUCCCCACUACGGCGUUCCUCAUAAUCAGAUGCUGGUUUCAACUGGAAAAAAACCUAAUUUUUUUUUCUUUCUGCUUUGUUCGAAGAAACCAGGUCUGGCCUUUUACCACGGUUUGUCGGCACUGCCACGUAGCUCUCGAGCCCGCGCGAGAAGCGAACGCGGUCUACGCACUUUGUAGUUGUGACGUCCUAAUGUUGCACCUUUGUUUUCGUCAAAGCACAUCGGCGAGCUCAUUCGAGCUAUGCAAACCGAAAUAUAAAAAGCUUUGAGCUGAAUUGUUCUCGCUGUAUCAGUAACAAAAUACCGACAAAACUUCGGUGAAACGCCUUCAUCGCGACAACGCAGACGUUUUUCUGCGAAGUCUCCAGCCUCUGUCGCUUUGCUAACAUCCAGGAGCGCUACGUGCUAUGGCAAUUUUCGCGAGAGUUAUCGUCGGCGGCUUGUCAUUGAGAGAAACGAAGUGACAGUUUUCCCAGCCUUGCGAACAUAAUUACACGCUUGAUUUUGUUAUUGUGUUUUUCAACAAGGGAACUGCAGGAAACAUGGUGUCCUCUCGAUUUGUGGGCACAGAGAGGACCAGGGAUAAGCGUUCCGCACCCAGAUGUAGCCGACGAUAACGCCUGUACGCCUCUACGCCUGUAUUACGUAGGAAGUGCUAAUGGUUAUAUAUGUCAGUUGUCAUAUGCGGCGGAGAUACAUGCGGCUCGAUAUCAAAUAUCUCGAUUGAAAGUAUCUGUGCGUUGCCAUGUGUGCAGCUUUGUGCAUCGGCGGACGCUGCUGUUUGUUUUUGCUAAAGCUUAGCCAACCCUCCCGGACUUUCCUGACCGUGGCUGCUGCUUGUCAUGCCGAAUAGGCGCGCGCCUCACUUCAUGUAUUACGUUCGCGCGAGACCAAGUUCGCGCGAGAUCACGUUCGCGCGAGAGCAUGUGCGAGCGCACCAGUUUCCGUUAGGCCAUGGACGCAGCAAUGACACGGGAAAAAUAAUUGUCAACCAGGCCUGUCUUUUGCGUCGUACUUUGCUCAGCGUAUAUCUCCUCCUAAUUGUUCAUCCCUUGAAAAACAUCACCUUCGUCUUUGUGACAUCAUGCGUCGACGUCUCACAGUGUGCAUUCGCAUCAACUGCUGGUUGACUCUUUAAGUCUUAGGUUAUCAACAAUGUAGCUCUCAAAAGUAAGAACUGCACUGCAUCGCACUAAAGUUGUGAACCGUACAGUUCGUAAACAUAGGCACUGCACGACAUUAGACAUUGCAUAGAUGAUCACGGAGUCAAUUGUAUGCAUCACAUUUAGUUUCGUAGCAGUUAGGUAACCGCUUUACGAAAGCUGAUCUUUCCAUUGAUUCCAACGUGUGCGUUGGAUACACGUAAUUUGUUUUUCUUCGAGCCUGUUAUGAAUUAUCAGCAAUUUACUGAAGAACAUAUAUCUUACUUAGAAUUCAUCCUAGAACACAAAGUCUGGCUUGAAUAUGAACUAAAUUUCAGAACUGUUCCGUUAUUUUAUGAAUUGCUUGCUGUGGAAGUGCUGAGAUACCUUUCGUGACUUUCACUGCCGUCGCAAAGAGCGGUUAGUCAGCGUGUUCUUACUGGACGUUAACUAGGAAACAAAAGUUAUAUCUCUGGUUCACGUUGCACCAAGACGCAGUAAUGCACUUGGUACCGCUCGAUAACGGAGCGUUGCCACUCGUUACCUCAGCAACAGCAAUCCUUGUUGGUACCUUUCUAUCGUGUCGAAUGUGAGGGAGAAUAUCAUAACCAACUCGCCUAGAUAUCCGAGUCAGAUAUGGUGUUAUUCUUCAGGAUGGAUAUUCAACAAGUAGCGAGCGCUAUCGUGAUUGGUAACCAGAGAAAAUGUUGUCGCCAGUGCCACUGCAACUGCCUUCAACUGAACGCGGGUGGUUCGAUCGCAACCACGGACUCGUGAGCUUCAAUUUUCCACGUGAGGUGAUGGACCUCGGAAUUCGGGGCUUAUUACCCGGAGAAGCUUUUUCUUGUGGCGAUGCCAGAACGAUUGUUUUUCCCUCAAUUUCACGGCAUAACUACUCAGGCAGAGAGCGCCGCGACUAAGGUUGCGGACUGACGUGGCGCGAUUUAUUGCCGUGCUUUGAGGCCCACUAAAAUCCACGAUAGCGUGGACGUGCUAGGCAUGAUGAAGUAAUGAUUCCUGAAGGGUGGCGCCCUCACCGAACAAUCUGUACAUAAACGUGAAUACCGCUGGCCUUUAUCUCUUUCUCUCUUCCUCUCUCCGAAUGUACAUGGCGUGACUAUGAGACGUACACUGAAGUGUCCGUAAUAUAUAACAUAUACGUAUACCUACGCAUGACACCUUAACGCUCCACAUCUCGGCCAAAGAGCCUGUGUUGCAACGCGGUGUGUGCUGUAUGUCUGCAUGCUUCUACCGGAGAGGGACGUAACGUCCGUCGCGUCAUUCUAAAUCUGUAACGGAGGCUUUCACGCUCACAACACCACCCGCGAAUCUUUGGCGAAACCGCAUUGCGGGUCAUUGCGACCAGUGGCUACAGUUUAGCGCGAGCUACUGCCAAAAUACAACACCGCGUUAUUCAAUAUCGACUUAUCCGGGUGUUGCAUUUCCAUAGGCAUGUGGCUGAAAUUUCAUCCCUCAGAGCGGGUUUUUGAAAACGUGCACCUUUCGCGGAAGUUGUUGCAGCAGAGGUAGCUGGAAAUGAUCUCGUUAAGAGACGUGCGCCACUGUCUCAGCAGACUGGCGUUGUUCGACGCACCCAGUAUAAUGAAAGCCCGUCCGUGGUUUGCGAAUCCUGGCUCUGUUGUUUCCACACCUAUACAGGCACAGUCGGUGAGCGAAAGCAUGAACCGUCAAUUACCGCCAAACUCCUGACGCUGUGCGGAUGCGACAGCUAAAUUAAACACAAGUUUCUUGUUUUCAAUUAGCUGAGAGGUGGGAAACAAUGUUAGGUUCUGCGGAAAGGGAAACUUAUUUUCACCAGUGUUAUUAGCACACCUGCAGAGCACGUGUGUUACCACUGUUGAGGUGUUUUCAUCACUAUACAUAAAGAAAUAUAAAAAUAUGUUAUAUACACUUAUAUAUAUACACUACGCCGGACGAAAUGCCUGUAGAGUAAAACGACAUAGUGCGAGAAGUAUUUUUCACGAGUUGACAAAAUGUCUGGUUGUAGCCGCGCGUGUGACGCUACAGGAGGUGCAGCGAAUUGAUUGUCACGGUGUAAGUACUCGAGGGCGCCUUCUCACGGCGCCCACUAGAUUGUUCUCAGCUGGAGCUGUCCUGUAGCGUCUACACGUCCGAGCGUUUCUUCACUUUCUCGCGCGAUUGCUUGCACUGUGGUGUGAGAGCGUUUUCUGGGCUUCAUUUGCGCGAAGCUCGCUCUUGUUGUCGUUUGAUUUGUACACAGUUUCACGUGAAAAAAAAAAGAUUACCAAUGUUGUUUGUUCUUUUUGUGUGUGUGAACUCGCUAGUUUUCUAGAUACCCGCCCUCUUUGCACUUGUCUAAAGAACGCAUGGGAAGGGCAUUACGUCUCCUGGAGACCGGUGGUUGUAGGCGUCGUGCAUCUGAGCUUGCGCUGCGGGAUCCGAUAGACCAGGCUGCUCUUCAUGCAGGCUCUGUAACGAAGGCGACUGCCACUUUGAAUCACAGAAACGUGGUGUAAGGCGUGGCCAACUUUCUUGCAAUUUUCCUUUCUUAGGGAAAGCAGGGAUGGGGGUGAGGGGAGGGGGUGGCAGGAUAUUUUGGCGACCGUUGAGCAUCAUUCAGCCUGCGGCCAGUAGUAAAGGGCAGCUGCGUGAGCCAUUCAACAGCACCAAUAACAAGCGACGGUGCCGUGCCUGGCUUGCCUGCUCGACGGCGCAUGCUCAGAUGCAGGCGCUGCGAAUGGGCACAAACGCACUUCGGAGCGCUCCAAUCCCGCUCAGUACAGACGAGUGUUGCGGAAUCUGUACUGAUAUUUAGAUUUGUUUGUCAAUGCUUUGAUCAAAAUAGUGGCCCGCAGUUGCUAUCGUUUUGCAAUUUUGACUACGUUAAUGUUGCAUUUAUUCAGGAUAAAUCAUUAGUCAUGUAUCUUUUCUUAAAUAAUGGAAGUCAAACUUUUUCUCUUGUUUUUUUUUCUUUUAGAAAGUGUAUCAGAGUGUUUUACGCCUGCUAUCUUCGCUGCUGUCAGUGUUUGAUGCGUGUGACGAUAGUUUAGACGACAGUUCGUCGAGGUCCUCCAAGGGCAAGAUCGCAGAUGGAUAGCAGCAUGUUUAAUUUCUUCGACAACCACUGCCUCGCGCUAAAAACACCUAGGACGCGUUCCCGUAUGGGAACGCGUUUAACCAUAAAAGUCGGAUCGUGACAGUUUUCAGUGCCUAAAGAAGCACAUUGUAAUUACAAAA